CCUGCACAUUUGCCAAGGCGUCUUGGCACUGCGAGCAUCUUAGUGAGCGGCCUAGAGAAGCCUGCGUUUUCGGAAAUCCUCAGCAUAGCCUCUUCCCAUGUUCUUUUCAGCUGCUUUUCGUUUCUAGGUCUUGAGAAUAUGGUUUGUUUCUCUAAUGUGGCGAAAAAGAACAUGUUUUAAGUCAGGCGCUCUCUAGACAGUCCGCAUCCUGGAUCGGGGCCCUUGCGCUGAGCUUUAAGCAGGCCAAAGGGGAAGCGGGGUCCUUCCCUAGGGCGGUCGCACAGGCAGCGGCGGUGCGAAACCGGGCUCCGCCGACAUGUACUACAAGUUUAGCGGUUUCACGCAGAAGUUGGCUGGAGCUUGGGCUUCGGAAGCCUAUAAUCCGCAGGGCUUGAAGCCGGUGUCCACAGAAGCGCCGCCCAUCAUCUUUGCCACUCCAACUAAACUGACCUCCAGUGUGACAGCGUAUGAUUAUGCCGGGAAGAACAAAGUUCCAGAGCUGCAGAAAUUCUUCCAGAAGGCUGACGGUGUGCCCAUCCACCUGAAACGAGGCCUUCCUGACCAAAUGCUUUACCGGACCACUAUGGCUCUGACUGUGGGAGGGACUAUCUACUGCCUGAUCGCCCUCUACAUGGCUUCGCAGCCCAAAAACAAAUGAGUCAACCGAGUUACUUUGUGGUACAAAUCCAUUGAAGUUCCAUUUUUCAUUAUUUCUGUUUUGUUUCCGUUUUUGUUUUUUGUUUUUUUUUUUUUUUUUUUUUCCACUUGAAUAGUCUACUUGAUGUUUUUGCAAACAAAGGAAAAGAUAAGAAUACAGAGUUUUGGUUUAUUUAUGAGGUGCAGAUGGCCUGUCAGAUGUCAGCUCAGUUGACAGUUUAAAUGUUGUUUAAGGAAAUGACACCAAGCUGUAUGUGUGCUCCUGAUUCCCCUGGAGCUUCUGGGUGAGAGCUGCGCACAGCUCAUCGACAGCAGCCAGCGCGCAGGGCCUCUGGGGCUGGACGGUGGCUAAGCAGGAACCACAGGAGGAAGACAAAAGCCAGAGGUCAGGUGUGUGAAAUGGGGGGUUUGAGUUAGUCACCUGCAGGAUUUUCCUGCCUUGCAGUAAAAUGUUAAUAGAAAUUUGCAAUCUGCCUCUAUUUAUUGGGUAGUUUGUUUCAAAGGGUUAUUUGUGUCGCCCAGAUCUUUAGUGAAAUGUUAUGUGUUUGUUCCAUUGUGGGAAAGAGGACACCUGUCAGCGUUGCACUUUAGACAGCUGCACCAGAAGCUCUCCUUCAGUAUGGCUAUGGCUUUAAGUUAUUUGACUGAAGAAUAAAUACAUGAAUAAAAAGUUUUAGUUUGAAA